GACUGUACUAUAGCUAUGUUUCUGAAAGUCUGUCUCCUGUUGUGUGAACUUCAGGUGAUAGGAUUCUUCAGUCAACGUCUGGAGCAGGCUGGAAGUGACCUGUCAGUGGAGAGGGUUCAAGAGGUCAUCAUGAAGGGAGCCCAGGCCCUGCCUACAGACAGACUGAAGAAGUUUCCGGAGCUGAAGUUUAAGUACGUGGAGGAAGACCAGCCGGAGGACUUCUUCAUCCCCUACGUUUGGUCGCUGGUCUUCAAUUCGGGAGUCGGCCUCUAUUGGAACCCGCAUGGCAUCGAACUGUUCAGUAUGGACUCUGGCUGAACAAUAAAAAACCAAAACAUUGAGUCUUCAUCUCCGUUCAGGACAGAUGAAAGGACUGAUGGUGUGGGUGUGUGUGUGUUUUACCAUCUGUAGUACAUGCUCGCUGCUUUCAAAGUGCCUCAACCUUGAACAUGACAGAGUUCCAUUUAUGCAGCACAACCUUUUAUUGUAAUAACAGUUUUUUUCUUCAACACUGAAGCCUCGUCAGCGCUGGGUAACGGCGCGCUCUGCAGCUUCCAGAUGUUUCCCCGUAUCUUUCUGUGAGAAACGCACAUACCCAUUUCUGUUUGGCUAAGAAGCUCAGGUCUCUGAGAAUGGAUGAUCACUUUUCAGAGAACAGGUCAUUGAAAAACAAGAUAAGACGGUACCUACAUGUUACACAGCUCCAAUGUACAAUUUAGGUCCUUAACUGCAUCGUAAUAAACGUAGUUUUUAAUAUUGAGGUAAUAAAUUUAGGUUUUCUUUGGUUCCCUCAUGAGAAUAGCAGUGAUUUAUAACAGCUUUGUCAGUGAAGUUGCCGUUAGGUUCAAAAACAGCCAGAGAAAUGUGAUUGUUAACUUUUAGGGAAAAUAUGCAGUGUCCCUUGCCGUUUAAUAUUCCUUAUUCAUGUACAGUUUAAUUAGAGCUCAGUACCCGUCCCUAGACGAUAUUCGCCUCCUGCAUCACUGUGAUUCAUGCGAUUCCAUCGUUGCUUCCAGCCUGUAUUCACUCAGCAUUUAUCAUUUGUAUCUUUCUGGAUAGUCACCCACAGCAAGUACUUAAACUAGGACAGACAGCUCAUUUCCUGUCCUGUUGUGCAUAGCUGCAAAUCUCUUAAAUUUGUUACUUUCUCUGCAUGUUUAACUUGAGAUUAAGUUAUUUAUUUUCAUGUAUAUUGUUUUUCUUAUAUGAAUAUGUAAAGAGGCAUAUUAUGGAGGUCUAAAUAUAAAUGAUGGAAGAAGCAAAUGGUGUUUUGCUGAUGAGGUGAAAGGAGACAUGAUUGUUUCCAAGUGGGAAAUUUUCCUCGUAUUAUUGCGACCUCAGCUUUCAUUUUGGGAAUUUACUUUAAAAAUAGGAGUUUCAAUAAAAUGGUUAAAUC